AUGGCAAAGCGUAAAAAUAGCGCAAAAUCCAGCCGCAGAGAUCAGCAGGACUCUGACUCUGAAGAGGCUCCCAGAAGGUCAAGCACUGCCCACUCUUCUUCCAGCAGCCGCUCCAAAACAUCCAAGACAAAAAAGACAGUAUCUUCUUCUGCAAUGGCGUCCAAAAAGUCCUCUCAAAGGCGAGAAAGAGAAACUUCUGUAAGUAAAGCUGAAAAGAAAAAAUCAGCAAAAAGAAGGCUCAUACGCGCUCUAACGCAGAUCGUAUGCUUUCCGUACAAGCUGUCCAAGAAACUGUUCAAAAGAAAGAAGAAGAGCAAAAAGGCUGUUGAAGAGAGAGAAGAGUUUUCAGAGGACUAUGAAAAAACGGUUACCUUUUCAGACGUAGUAAUAGUCCACACAUACGUCCCUAGAAAAAGCCCAAAGUUUAAAAUCACUCUUAAAACCAUCACAAGCUCCCUUCCUCCUGCAAGCCUGGACAUGGCCCAAAAGAUCAAGGGGUCCUCAAGAGAAACACCGCUGGUAAGCAAGCUACUGCAGAACAUGGACAAGAAGGUGGAAAGCGUGGAAGAAAUAAAGAGGAUCUUGAAGGUAAAAAAGCCAUCUUCUGAAAAAAGAUCAAAAAGCAAAAUCAUCAACAUACUUGGAAGCUACACCGCGUCUUCAUUAUCGCAGGACAGUGAAGACCCGAACGAGAGCCCUGUGUACAAAGCCUCAGAUAGAAAACACAAGAAAAGCUCUUCGAAAAAAAAGUCUGCAUCAUUGAAGAAGAAAAAAGAGGCUUCAGAGCAUUCAGAUGAGAGCAUUGCAUCUGCUGCCUCAAGAGCAUACGAUACCAUGAUGCGAAGAGACAUUUCCUUUACUCCUUCAUAA